CGAAACGACUGCCCCGGGCAAUCUCAGCUUCACCUUCGGAACGAACUCCAUCUCAACGCUAGACGGCCCUACCCUCCUGUGACCGUUUCGCCCAUUCCCAGAGGAAGAAAGGAGCUCUGUUAGACGAUUUCUGAUUAGCGGAAUUCGGCAACAUGGCUGCAAUGUUCAGCCAGAAUCCCGUUAUGAACGGACCCAACUACUCGUUCAACGAUGCACCCAAAGUCAACGCACCAGAAGGUGCCCGGGAACACCGCUUCGACCCGUACACGGACAACGGCGGCUCGACGCUCGCCAUCGCCGGCGCAGACUUCACCAUCAUGGCCGGCGACACGAGGCUGACAUCGGGCUACAGCAUCAACAGCCGGUACCACCCGAAGGUGUUCCGGAUCGGCGGCUCGACGGCGGACCAGCACGACGCAACCAUGGUCCUGUCGGUGGUAGGCUUCGCGGCCGACGGCGAGGCCCUCAAGGAGCGGCUCGACGCCGUCUGCAAGAUGUACCGCUACCGGCACGGCAAGCCCAUGAGCGUCAACGCCUGCGCCCAGCGGCUAUCGACGAUCCUCUACCAGAAGCGUUUCUUCCCCUACUACGCCUACGCCAUCCUGGGCGGCCUGGACGAGGAGGGCAAGGGCGCCGUCUACUCGUACGACCCCGUCGGCAGCUACGAGCGCGAGCAGUCCCGCGCCGGCGGCGCCGCGGCGAGCCUGAUCACGCCCUUCCUGGACAACCAGGUCAACUUCAAGAACCAGUACGUCCCCGGCAGCGGCGAGGGCCACGCGCUGCAGGAGCGGGGACGGCGCCCGCUGUCAAGGAGCGAGGUCGAGAUCCUGGUCAAGGAUGCGUUUGAUGGCGCAGUGGAGCGCCAUAUCGAGGUCGGCGAUGGCUUACAGAUGCUGGUUGUCACGCAGGAGGGUAUCGAGGAGAUCUACCUACCGUUGAAGCAAGAUUAAGCUUCAGGGAGGCGGCGCACUGCGAGGGGGAAGACGCCUUUGUAUGUUCCGUUAUGUACACUAAACAAACAUUCCCCAAGCUUUGGGCACAGGUGGCAUUUCAUCAUAUCCCGGCUGCUCAGAAGGCCCGCUCAGGUCCAGGCAGUCUCAGCAUGCAGGUACACAACUGAUUGCCACUCCAUUCCUGGCAUUGAGGCAGCUUCUCCAAUUUACAGUCAGCGAGGCUAUUACAGGUGACGGUUCUACCUACUUAUUUCUACUACCCCCUAACC